GGAGCAGCCAUGUCUUUGGGCGAGUACGAGAGGCACUGCGACUCCAUCAACUCCGACUUCGGGAACGAGUCGUCCAGCCGGAGCGGGCCCGGGCCUGCGCCUCCUGCCUUAGGCGGCGAGCAGGAGGAGCUGCAUUACGCUCCCAUCCGCGUCCUGGGCCGGGGGGCCUUCGGGGAGGCCACCCUGUAUCGGCGGACUGAGGAUGACUCACUUGUAGUGUGGAAGGAAGUGGACCUGACCAGACUCUCAGAAAAAGAACGGCGUGAUGCUUUGAAUGAGAUUGUUAUUCUUGCUCUGCUGCAGCAUGACAACAUCAUUGCCUAUUACAAUCAUUUCAUGGAUAAUACCACACUGCUGAUUGAACUAGAAUACUGCAAUGGGGGAAACCUCUAUGAUAAGAUCCUGCGGCAGAAAGACAAGUUGUUUGAGGAAGAGAUGGUGGUGUGGUACCUGUUUCAGAUUGUAUCAGCGGUAAGCUGCAUCCACAGGGAAGGAAUACUUCACAGAGAUAUAAAGACAUUGAAUAUCUUCCUCACUAAAGCAAACCUCAUAAAACUGGGUGAUUAUGGUCUGGCGAAAAAGUUGAACUCUGAGUAUUCCAUGGCUGAGACGUUGGUAGGAACCCCAUACUACAUGUCUCCUGAGCUCUGCCAGGGAGUAAAAUACAAUUUCAAAUCUGACAUGUGGGCAGUUGGCUGUGUCGCUUUUGAGCUCCUCACUCUGAAGAGAACUUUUGAUGCUACCAAUCCAUUGAACCUCUGUGUGAAGAUUGUGCAAGGCACCCGGGCCAUGGAAGUUGAUUCCAGUGUUUAUUCUCUGGAGCUCAUUCAGAUGGUGCAUUCCUGCCUCGAUCAGGAUCCUGAGAAGAGGCCUACUGCGGAUGAGGUGCUCGAUAGUCCCCUUCUCAUCAAAUGCAGGAGGGAGAUGGAAGAGAAAGUUGCAUUGCUUAAUGGCCCAAACAAGCGACCAAGAUCGAGCACCAUGAAUGAGGCUCCCAUUGCAGUGGUGACCUCACGCAGUAGUGAGGUGUACGUAUGGGGGGGUGGAAAGUCCACUCCUCAAAAGCUAGAUGUCAUCAAGGGUGGCUGCAGUGCACGACAGGUCUGUGCAGGAAACACCCACUUUGCUGUGGUGACAGUAGAGAAGGAGCUCUAUACAUGGGUGAACAUGCAAGGGGGCACCAAGUUGCAUGGCCAACUGGGGCAUGGAGACAGAGCCUCAUACAGGCAACCGAAGCAUGUGGAAAAACUGCAGGGCAAGGCCAUUCGCCAAGUGUCUUGUGGUGAUGACUUUACUGUGUGCAUCACGGAUGAAGGUCAGGUCUUUGCCUUUGGCUCAGACUAUUAUGGCUGUAUAGGUGUUGACAAGGCUUUUGGCUCUGAGGUUCUGGAACCUGAGCAGCUGAACCUCUUUCUCAACAAUCCUGUGGAGCAGGUAUCUUGUGGAGAUAACCAUGUGGCUGUGCUGACUCGAAACCGAGAGGUCUACACAUGGGGAUGUGGAGAAUAUGGACGCCUAGGGCUGGAUUCAGAAGAGGAUCAUUCCCUCCCACAGAAGGUGGAAAUUCAGAAGACCUCCAAUAUUGUUUCAGUUCAGUGUGGCAGUGAUGGAACUUUUCUGCUCACACAGGCAGGCAAGGUCUUAGCUUGUGGUCUGAAUGAAUUCAAUAAGCUGGGCCUGAACCAGUGCACUUCAGGGAUCAUUAAUCAUGAUGCUUACCAAGAAAUUCCCUACACCACCACCUUCACUUUGGCUAAGAAGCUCUCAUUCUACAAGAUUCGCACCAUUGCCCCAGGAAAGACACACACAGCUGCUGUUGAUGAACGGGGCCGUCUGCUUACUUUUGGCUCCAACAAGUGUGGGCAGCUGGGUGUCGGAGACUAUAAGAAACGUUUGGGUAUUAAUCUGCUUGGAGGACCCCUCGGGGGAAAGCAGGUUAUCAGGGUUUCCUGUGGGGAUGAGUUCACUAUAGCUGCUACUGAUGAUAACCAUAUCUUUGCCUGGGGUAAUGGUGGCAACGGUCGCUUAGCAAUGACACCAACCGAGAGAGCUCAUAGUUCUGAUAUUUGUACAUCGUGGCCUCGCCCCAUUUUUGGCUCCCUGCAUUAUGUUCCCGAUCUGUCUUGCCGUGGCUGGCACACCAUCAUAAUUGUCGAAAAAGUGAUAAAUUCUAAAACUAUCCUUCGUUCAAGUAGCAGUGGCCUGUCCAUUGGGACUGUGGCUCAGAGUUCUACAGCUGAAGGAGGAGAAGAUGAGGAAAACGAGCGGGAGUCUGAGACCCCUGAUCCCAGCAGAGGUUUCAGAGGAACCAUGGAAGCAGACCGCGGAAUGGGGGAUCGGAUCAGUGCAACAGAAGACAUGGGAGAUAGUGCUGCUGCCAGCAGCUCUUGCCCUAGCUGGCUGCGCAAGGAGCUGGAGAACGCAGAGUUCAUCCCCAUGCCUGAAACACCGUCUCUUGUAAGUCUAGCCUCUUCAGGAUCUAAGAAGGAGACCCUUCCCUACAAAGAGCUGAAAGGACUCCACUUGGCAUCUCCUCCUCCUGCUGAUACCAAAAAGUCCACAGCAGAGUCUUGGCAGCAGCUCUUUGAUACAGCAGAGGCCUGCAGUGGGGAGAAGACAUCUUUGGUACCAACGGCAUGCAAGUGCAGCUUGUUGCAGGCUGAACUGCAGCGACUGAAUGGUUUGGUAUUAAAAUGCUUGGCAGACCAGCAGGAGCUGCAGCAGGAAACCACUCGUCUCAGUGCUCAGCUUCAGAGUCUCUCUAGGGAAGGAGGAACACAGCCGUUGGAGGUUCACACCAAAGCCACACAAACAUCCAAGGAAGAGAUGGAAGCGGAUCCAAAGCCUGACCUGGAUUCUGACUCCUGGUGUCUCCUGGGAACUGAUUCAUGCCGCUUCAGUCUCUAGUCUUUUGAGCCCACUGGAAUCCAUCCAAUUUCACAGCACACUAACUGUAUGCAAGAGCAGCUUUCCAGACAACAUGUCCUUUGUGAACAGGACAUUAGAUUCUCCAGAACAGCUUCCCUAUAGGUG